AUGGCGACUUUGAGCCGGCAGCACCGGCAGCAUGAGGUGGCUGGCAAAGAGGAAGGGCAUCUGGCGCAGAUACAGUGGGACCCUGAUCUGGCCUCCUGGCAGGGGAGCAUGGGGAGGCUGGCAGCCCUGGGCCUGGCCAUGCUGGCAUGGAGGGGCUCAGCCCCCCGUCCCCGUGCCGUGCCGUGCCAGGAAGAAGCCACCGCAGAUUCCCUCUUCACCGAGACCCCCCACGACAUGACAGCCCAGGCAGGUGAGGAUGUGGAGAUGGCGUGCUCCUUCCGAGGCAGCGGCUCCCCCUCCUACUCCCUUGAGAUACAGUGGUGGUAUGUCCGCAACCACAAGGACUGGAUGGACAAACAGACGUGGGCUUCCAACCAGCUGAAAGCAUCGCUGCAGGAGGAGCCUGGGAAGGACGCAACAAAAAUAAGCGUGGUGAAGGUGGUCGGCAGCAACAUCUCCCACAAGCUGCGGCUGGGGGGGGGGGAAGCGGGGGGGGCGGGGGGGGUGAUCGACUCCAGCGACGGCAAGGCACGGCACCACAAGGUGAAGGCGUACCUGCGGGUGGAGGCAGCGGGGGGCGUGGGGCACCCCCAGGACACCCAGCUGCGGGACGCCCCGCUGCUGGACCCCGCUGUGCCAGGCUCAGCCCAUGUGCAUCACCACCACCACCACCACAAAGCCGGGAAGGAGCUGAAGAAGCGCUCGGCAGACACCUCCUGCGUGCUGUAG